GUUUUGCUUUGUUUUGAGUUUAAUUAAAAGGCAAGUCUUUCAAAUUUGAAGCACUGGCUGGCACAGGGAGAGGAAGAAAAUAAAGAGCUUUCCCAUUGCAUUCCUUCCCUCUCUCCCUAGGCCUAGCCAACCUUCCCAACAGAACAAUAUCAUAUUUAUUAUUUAUUUUAUUAUAUUAUAAAUUUAAAUAAAAUACAAUUACAAAAAUACAAAGUAUUUUUUUCAAUGUACACAUUCUUCUCCUCCGUGUUUUGGGUUUUUGUUUCAAAAAUUGGAUUUUAAAUCGUAUAUUUUUCGAAUCAAAUGUUGGCAGGAAGAACGAUGACCAAAAAAACCCCGCCAUUGGCCACGCGCCACGUAAUAUGGCUAAGCUGGAAGCUUCUGAUUUUCUUCUCCGUCGCGCUCUGCCUCUUGGCUCUCCUCCGACUCCAUUCUCAACCUGACCCUUUCUCUUCUUCUCAAACUUCUAUUACUCUUGCGAGAUCUCGUAUUUCUCGCGAUAACGUCUUCUCCGGUCCCCCUAAAAUCGCCUUCCUUUUCCUCGCGCGCCGUAAUCUUCCGCUUGAUUUUCUCUGGGGCAGUUUCUUUGAGAAUGCUGAUACGGCUAACUUUUCAAUUUAUAUUCAUUCGGCUCCGGGAUAUGUGUUUGAUGAGUCAACGACGAAGUCGCCUUUUUUUCUCGGUCGACAAUUGCAGAAUAGUAUUCAGGUAGGUUGGGGAGAGUCGAGUAUGAUCCAAGCAGAAAGAUUGCUAUUUGCAGAAGCUCUUGAAGAUCCGGCAAAUCAGAGAUUCGUUCUUCUAUCUGACAGCUGUGUUCCUCUGUACAACUUUAGCUAUGUAUACAAUUAUUUGAUGACUUCUCCUAGGAGUUUCGUGGACAGCUUUCUUGAUACUAAAGAGGGCCGAUAUAAUCCGAAGAUGUCACCAAAAAUACCAAUGAAAAAAUGGCGAAAAGGAUCACAGUGGAUCACCGUGAUAAGAAGACAUGCAGAAGUCAUUAUAGAUGAUGAAGUUAUUUUUCGAGUCUUUCAAAAAUAUUGUAAGCGACGCCCACCUCUAGAUACCAGAAAGGGAAAGUUGAAUCUUAAACUUCAGAAGCAGCACAACUGUAUUCCAGAUGAACAUUAUGUGCCAACAUUGCUUGCAAUGAGUCAGCUUGAAGAUGAACUUGAACGAAGAACAUUGACAUAUACUGUUUGGAAUCAAUCUGCAAAUAAAAUGGAGAAUAAAGAUUGGCAUCCUGUUACCUUUAAUUAUGCAAAUGCUAGCCCUAAAAAGAUCAAAGAAAUAAAGAAGGUCAACCAUAUAUACUAUGAGACUGAGUUCAGAACAGAAUGGUGCCGUUCAAAUUUUACACCCGUUCCUUGUUUUCUAUUCGCAAGGAAAUUUUCCCAGGGUGCUGCUAUGCGCCUUUUGAGCGACAGAGUGGUUGGUCACUAUGAUGUGUCUGCAUUGGUAGAGCCACCUCCAUAGUUAUUUGAUCAUAUCUUUACUGUCAACUAACAUAGUUGAAAUCAUAACCUUAGGUACUAAAGAAAAUCAUCUAGAGACUAUAUCAGAUCUUGAAACAAAAGCUAGCGCCACUGCGUGUCUAGUCGACAUCUAAUGUUUACAUCCAGAUGAAAUGAAAUAUUGGAAGAUGGGAGGAAGACAUGGUAGGUAGUGGAGUAGCAUAGUUUAGAUCUUGUGAAAUAGGUUUUUUUUUGAGCAAUGAAAAAUAGGUUUUGAUUCUCCAUAAUGUUACACAUUAUUAUUAUUACAAUUAUACAUUUUAUACAUAAAUGAAAGAGUACAAAAGAAUUUAGCUCCA